AGUUUGGUAUUUCCUCUGAGCUCACAGAAACUGAGCACUCGACUCUGAAUACUCUCGGCUGAGGGGGAACUUUCGAACGGCAGAUAAAGAGGAGCUGAAACUUCAAAAAAAGCCACAGCAACAGAAUUGGAACUUUACAACAAACAUUUUACUCAUAAACGUUUCUGGAGGGCUGAGAGGGAGUGUGAAUCGGAUCCAGCUGCGUAAGAGUGAGAACCGAAGAAGGCUGAGUUUCAGAAGCUGGGAGAGACUGAGUCACCAUGGGCUAGCCCACGUUGCUGGUGCCCUGUUCCGCUCUGGAUGUAGUAAGCUGUGCAGAUUCAGGAUGACUGUGUACACCUUGAACCUCAGGGUCUUCUGGCCACUGGUCGUCUGUGUGCUCACAGCCUUCCUGCUGCUGAACCACUCUCUCCGCCUGGGUCCCGACCAAGGAUCGGACGGCUGUCCCAACCGGACACUGGGGCUAUUCUCAUUGAUCAAGUUCAUUUUGGCCUUUGCUCUCUGCUACUUUCUUAUCAGGUACUGUUCCUCUGAAACCGGCAGGACAAAGAGGCGUGUCCCUGAGACCACUGAGGGCCCUGCCAGAGCAAGCUCCUCCAGAAAAGAGCUGCUGGAAGAUUACUACGAGAGGCAGGUGCGCCUGUCGCCCCAUGUUCUUGGGCAUAGUAAGGCACAUGUGGCUAAGAUUGUGAGUGAACUGGUACGGGCGGGACGUGCCGAGAUCCCGCCAGAGUCCUCUCUGGGUCUUCGCGGGGACUUUGUCCAGAUUGGCAGUGCCUAUGAGGAGCAUAAAGUGGGCCAUCCUGACUGCUUUGACAUUUUGGUCCCACUGCGGCUGCCCAGGGGCCUGAAGCUGGAGCCCAGAAGCUGUGCUGGAGAAAAGGGAGGCCCGCCGCUCUGUAGUCUGGAGACUCCGCGCAAGUCAGAGUGGACCAGGCGACACAAGGCCUUCACUGAGGCGUUCUUGAGCUCGGCAGAGGCAGGCAGCGUGUGCAGACUGACUCCGGCGCCUGUGGUGCGUUGGUUUUACCCCACAGUGCAGCGCUGUCUCUCUGCUGUGCGCUACCCCUUUGAGCAGCGCUGCUCUCUGGGCCUGUCGCUGAGCGAGGACCGCAUCCUGCUGCGCCUCACGCCACGCUCCGACUACGUCUGCUGCCACAUCUCCAUGGGCGUGCGGCUGAUCCCCGCCGUGCCCCUGGGGGAUGGCGUGUUUCUGGUCCCUGCGGCAAGGGGCUCCCAGCAGGAGGACCUCUGGACGGUGUACUUUCCCCGACAGGAGCAGAGGCUCCUGAGCUGGCUGAAAGGCAGGGUGCCACCUGGCUCCUGCCACCUGAAGUGUCUGCAGAUAGUGAAGGCCGUACGGGACCUGAGCGGGCAGGCCCUGGAUUGCCGUGGCGGUGCAGAGUGGCGGGCCGUGCUGUCCUCCUAUUUCCUGAAGAUGGCAUGGCUGCGGCUCUUGCUCAGUACGCCUCCGGAGGCCUGGGAGGAGCACCGUCUCUUGGAAAGGAUUGAAGACCUACUGCGAGGCUUGAGGGAGAGCCUACAGCAACGCUUCUUGGGGCACCUCUUCCUUGGGUGUGACACUGGGCUGCUGCCAGAUUUUCUUGCCUUGCCUAAACCCUUCAAGGACACAACUUCUGCCAAUCUCUUGGCCAGCUUCAACCCAGCCUCCCUGGACAUGGUGUGUGCCCGCCUGGCCUACUCCUGGACACAUCUACACCGACUAAUUCGCCUUGGGUGUCCUCACAGGGACAGUGUGGGAAGGGGUGUGCGCUGCAAGCACAUGGAUACUGAGUAGUACUAAAAAACAGUAAAGCUAGAGUUAUAUUUUUCCUUGGUUUUUGGUUUCAGAGAAAGAGUCAGGGUAGGUUUAAAAAAAUUUGCACUGAGGCUUGCAAAACUUCUCAAAGAUGAACUCACAAUAUUGGAUUUUUUUUAUUCUGAAGUGUGUGGAACACAACUACCAUCCUAUGGCUUUAUUUAAUAUUGAUUUAAUAUUUCUAGAUCAGAAGCAGAGAAUUUAUUUAACUUAAUAUUACUUGAAGAAAUGGAAGAGUGCAGCUUCCACUGGGGGUACGUAUCAAAUUGAAAACCUUUUAGAAAAAACAGUCUAUUUUAAGUGUCACCACUUAUUAGUCAUAGGAAUUAAUAUUGGCUAAUUUUGAAUACUUUUGUUCAGGGCUUGCACAUUACUUUACACAUUACAUCAGCUGUCAUGUAACAUAAUAGGAGUAUUGUCAAAGAAUUACCCUGUAAGGGUUUAUUCUACAGAAACAAUGACAGCUGCAUAUUUCUGUCAAGAGACCAGGAAGAUGACUAGGAAGACUGGCCCUGCUAUCUGAGAGGUCAGUCCCCAGAGGGCACAAAACCUUGUUUAACUCAUGCUUUUAUGCAUUCACUGCAGCAUCAGACAUGUUAGAUCAGUGGUAACUAACCCUGCCAUCCUGUAGGCUUUCUCUGUACACAUUCUCUGUAACCCUAACAAAGCACACCUCAUUCAACAGCUAGCGAGCUUGCUGAGAUGCUAAUUAGUAGAGUCAGGUGUGCCAAAUUAGGGUUGAAAUGAAAACCUACAGAAUGGUAGAUCUCCAGGAACAGGGUUGGUUACCACUGUGUUGAAUGAUAGAAGUUAUAUAGAAGCUAAACAUGUCUGUAUUGUUGCAUUUUUAAACCUGAUCAUCAUUACAGGUACAUAGUAGUAACAAAUAGGUUGGUACUAUUAGACUGUAGAACACUAAAUGUUUCUUCAGGUUUCUACAGUAUGAACUCAAGGGCUUUAAGCUGAUGAAAAAAUCAUUAUACAUGGUUGAGCUGUCUGAAUUUCUUCAUUGUGUGAAGGAAAAGAACAAUCAGUUCAAUGAUGGCUUGUUAGGUUUGAUACAUGGCAGCUGCUUUCAUACCCUCAGAUAUGAGGUUGUGUAAUGGAUGUCAACAUCCAUUCAAAUAAAGCGAAACAUACAAAAUGCAUAUUUAAAUAUAAAAAACAAUGUAAUUUCAACUGGAGCUCAGUUGCAUAUUGAAAUGUUUUUCUAUUCUAUGGUAUUUGGACCAUCUCGUUUGGCAUAAGGGAAGUGGGUCAGACCACUGUCACGCGAUUUUAAACCCGAGCCAUGCUGGCCACAAACAUGCUUGAAUUGUCAUGAAAAUUAAAAUAGGUACCGUGCAUUAAAUAUAUGAAACUAGACCCAAUGUUUUGAAUAAUUUCAUACAUUAUUGAAAACUUCUACCUGUACAUAGCAUUCUGAAAAUGAGUACGGUAUUAAUUGCAGCUACAAUAUUGGUGAUCUAGUCUCAGGUUUGCUAAGCAUAUUUUCUACUUCUGCACCUCUCAUCUCCACCAGUGGUGUAUCACCUUGUAGGCAUUAACAUGCUCCCUAGGGACACACCCCCACAGCAUGUUGUCAUGGAGAUGCCACUUAGCACUUAGGGUCACUAUACCCUGUUAGUUUGCUAGAAACCCUGAUUUUCCACUAGGAAAUCAAUGCUUUGAGAUUAGCUAUGCAAACGGCCCUCAUCAUCUAUGAUUGCUGGAUUUUGAAAGGAAAAAAUAAGAUGUUUCCAUCUUCUCAAAGGCACAAGACCCUGCUCAUUUCCACCCCCCCUCUAACUUCUGUAAAUGGACUUACUGCCUGCUUAACAACAAAACCGGAUGCAGAUUAAGGAACCUUAAAAGAUGCUUCCACUUGCUGAAAAGCUGGUGCAACUAGUGAUUAUUUCGUAAGAUAAGUACAAAAGUUGUUGUGUAGUCUUAAUGUCUGGCUUGUUGUUACUGGAGAAAGCAAGCCGCAAUGAUCUUUCAAGGGGAAAAGAACAGUUUACCGUUUGCACCCUCUUGACCCACAGACUCAGAUUUCAGUGCUUUGACCAUAGAAGAGGAUAUAAUAACUAAAUUAAAAAGAGCUCAAGCCAUAAUAAUGUGCCUCAGAAUGCUCAUCCAUAUGGUUUUUGUUGUUGAAUAGAAUAAUGAUCAAAAGCAGGAUGCAGACACAAUUUUGUGGUGGCCUGAUUUGCACUGCUGUUAGGUAAACUUAUGUUACAAUAAAAGGAUAGCUCUGUCUCUCUUCUUUUUCCUUCAAUGGAAAAAAUAAUUAAGAGGUUCCAGGUCUCCUCUGUACAAGAGCCUGCUUUGGAAUUAGAUUUAUUUCAUGGGCUUUGAGCUGCUGUUAUUAAUGGUACCACACAUUUCCCACUUGAUACUGCAUAAAAGCUACAUAAGUAGUUUAAAAACACAAAACAGAAAUAGUUUUGUCCCAGUAGUUUUGCAGAGAAAGAUCUUCCUCUUAGCCAGAUUGCAGUUUGUUCCUCAUGCGGAAAUGACUCAUCAGCAUGCAAGGGCCCUCCAGGAUCAUAUUAAUAAAGACAUGUCCCUAGAAGUUUUCUAAAUUUUAAUUGGUCGUGGGAUUUAAAAUGAUGACGCUGAAUGAUGCUGUGCCUUUUUAGGUUGUUUGUGUUCUUUUCUUGUACCUUGAGGAAUGUGGUGAUUGCAUUAAUCACAGAUGAGCUGCUUUGAUAAAUACAGAGUUUGAGAAAACCAAAUAGUGAGUGGCCUCUGUAAAGAAAUGUAUGCAGACUACUAUCCCUGAACAAAAAGCAAUAUGACUGUAAGAGUACAUCAGCUUGAUGGAAGCAUCAAAAGAAUUGAGAAAUUGAAUAAUUCUUCAUGACUGAAGUUUCAACAAGUAGUAUAUACAAAAUGGAGUCCAUUCAUUUUGGAAAUGUUAUUUUUUCCUGUGAUUCUAACCCAGUUAAUUGUUAUACUCCUUACCAUAAGCAUGAGCUGUGCUGGCUGGACUGUAUUCCCAAAGGAUUUCAUGUGAAUGCUCUGCAUGGAGCUCCACCAAUAGGACCUCUGCUGUUUCCAAGGCAACCCUGGAACUAAUGGAAAUUUCUAAAGUUGUGGAGUGGCAGAUGCAUGCACUGAUAAAUUGCUGUGAGUUCAGCUCCAAAAUACAUUUCUGUCUAUAUUCAACUGCAUGCACAUUUAGACCCAUCAUUUUAACUCUUUUUUUUUUUUGCUUCAUUAGUAGCAUAAGCCUAACCUGAAAGUAGCCUGAAGUAUGAAACAUAAUCCAAAUGAGUCCAAGUGAGUGACAUAUAAUAAAAAAAGAAAUAUGCGCACAAAGUUUAUUUAAUGUGAGUAUUCACAAAGCCCUAGACGUACAGUUCACAGAAAAAAAGAUUUGUGGAAAAUGUAUAAUGUUUAUUUUUGACCUUCAAUAUUAGAAAUUGCACUAGGAGGUUUACAAGUUAAGCCAGAUGAAAAGAAAAAGCACAAUACACAAGUACAGGAACAACAAUCUAUGACAGUGGUCUUAAAAUGCAGUCUUUGAGGUCUUCAACUGCAGUCACAGGGUCUGCUGGUUUUUGUUGUCACCUUAAAAGCAGCACCAGUUCAGUUGAACUAGAGACCUAAUGUUUUUCCAGACUUGCGUUUUUUUACUUUAUAUUACAGAAAGUGGGAAUGUGUUCAAACAUGUAUCAUAUAUUAGGUCACUGUCAUAAACAUGUUUCCUCUAACAUUUUGACAUUUUGUAUAUUUUAAAUAUACUGUAUGCCUAAAUUGUCAUGAACGAAAAGUGGAAAUUAUUGAUAUCAUAUGAUACAUGUUUAUUCUAUCAAAGGGGCCUAUGUUGUUGUCAGGUUUAUUAUGACAUUACUUAUUUUCCUGAAUUUUAAUUGAAAAGGGUACUGCUUGCCUCAGGAACAAAGUGUACAAUUUAAUGUAUUUAUUGAUAUAUUUACAGUGUUUUUCUAAAUUCUGUUUGGCAGAGUCAGGCCUACAUGAAGAAAAUUUUUGCUAACAAAAAUCUGCAUAUGUUCAGUUUAUGUAGAUUUUUGCUGGGGAUAUCAGUUUUAUGCACUCCAAUUUAAAAGUAUUGUGUUAUGAUCAGAUUGUGUAUUUUCUUUUCAAUGAAGCAUCUUUAUAAAAGCAAUGUACGCUUUUUAUGUCAGUCUUUCUGCAUGUCAUGUCAGGCUUUUGGCAGUUUUUACAUUAAUUGUUUCCUAAAAAUAAAAAUCAUUUUGAAAGACA